AUGAGCCUCACGUUCAAUGCUGUCUGUAGCCUAUUGCAAGACAUUGAGGAUAUUUCCACGAAUGGACCGCGACCGCCUCCAAAGCAAGAACAAGAGGCCAUCCAUCAGGCUGUUUUGGACUGGUUCCAAAAUCAAAGAGCUGCCCUUGAUGAUCCAGAUACGGAUGGCGGGGCUGUGCUCUCCAUCUUACUUCCGCACAGAAGGAAAGACCGCGUGUACGGUUUGCAAGCGCCCUUGCUCGCGAAGAAACUCUCACGCCUACUCACCUUUAGUCAUGGACAGCGCACGCUGUUUGAAAGCUGGAAGACGGGUACCUGUGGCGACUUAGGCGCGUACGUCGAACGCGCCAUGAAGCCUUGGGAUGGUACCUUCUCAAGUAAACCAGACAUCACAAUCAAAAGAGUUGACUAUCUGUUGGUACAGCUGGCUGCCAGUUGUAGAUUCUCUGGCGAGGAAACCAGAAGAAACCGUGAUCCAGGGUUUGACGUCGACAAUGAACUCAAAAGCAUCAUCACAAGGCUUGAGUCUUGGGAAGCAAAAUGGCUAGUUCGCCUUCUACUUCGAGACUACUGCACUAUCGAAUUGGACGAAAGAGUUGUAACGCGGCACUAUCAUUUUCUGUUACCGGAGCUAUUGGCGUUUCAGAACGACUACGAGGCAGCCUUUGAUGUACUCAAAGGUGGACUUAGUUCUUAUCCGGCCGUGCCUGAGUCGUGGGAAAAGGAACCCAUGCGCAUUGAGGCAGCGAAAAGACUAAAGGCCAGGGUUGGCGUCAAGAUUGGGCGACCGACCUUCCUAAAAGCAUGGUCCUUCAGCAACUGCUUGAAGCUUGUCGGCGAUGGCGUCUGGGCUGCCGAAGUCAAAUACGACGGCGAGUACUGCGAGAUCCACGUUGAUUUGGAAAAUGAAAAUAGCAACUUGCGAAUCUUCUCCAAGAAUGGCAAAGAUGCAACUGCAGAUCGUGCUGCUCUGCACGACACAAUUCGCAACGCUCUUGGUAUAGGCCAGCCAAAUGCCUUGUUCAAAAAGAACUGUAUCGUUACUGGCGAAAUGGUGGUAUACAGCGACAAGGAGAAGAAGAUACUGCCAUUCUCGAAGAUUCGCAAGUACGUCACACGCUCGGGAUCCUUCAAAGUCACGUUAAACAGCUCUGCGGUGCAUCAACAGGAACAUCUCAUGAUUGUCUUCUUUGAUGUCUUGACUGUAGAUGAUGAGCCCGUUUUGCGUCACUGCCUCGAAGACCGCCGCAAAAUCCUUCACAAACUUAUCCAUGUCAUACCAGGUCGGUCCAUGCUAUCCGAGUGGGCCUUGUUGGAUUUUAAGACAGGGAAUGGCUUAACAGACCUUAAACAGACAUUCGCCCGCACCCUAGUCGAUCGCCAAGAAGGAUUGGUACUGAAACCGUUGCAAGCGCCCUAUUUGCCGUUGCUAUCUGAGCAAGGUCAGCGUCAAACAGGUUUCUUCAUCAAGGUCAAGAAGGAUUAUUUAGGUGACAUGGGCGGUGAGCGAGACUUGGGCGACUUCGCUGUGAUUGGAGCCAGUUUUGAUGCGCAGGCUGCAACGAAGACGAAUCUAAAGCCUCUACACUGGACACACUUUUACCUGGGAUGCUGCAUUAACAGGGAUGCGGUCCUACUAACAGGGGCCAAGCCAAGGUUCACUGUCGUCGCUAGUUUGAGCGUUGAAAAGUGUAUCCCAAGGUCUGACGCAAAGUACCUGAACAUCCAGGGUUAUAUCCGUCAGACCACUUUGCAUGAGAGUGGCGCCACUGCUGAAUUUGAUAUUGUAAAUUUCAGGGACUGCUACUACAGCCGGGGCAUGACUGUCGCCUUCAGGAAUCCCUUGAUUGUUGAGAUUCUCGGAGGGGGGUUUGACAAGUCGCCCCAUGCGUCAUUUGAGAUGCUACGUCAUCCGCGGGUUCAGAAGAUUCACCAUGAUAGGACGUGGGAAGAUGCAGUCACUAUGCAAGACCUGGAGCGCAUGGCUCAGGAGAGAUUUUCAGUGCCUGAUGCGGAUAAGCUUGACGGGCAUGCGAGAGAUGUCGCAUUGUUGGUCAAGAAGUAUGCCAGGGAGAGAGAUGAGUCUGAGAACACCGCUGUGAGAGAGUUUACGACGCAGAAGACGACACAGCAGACGCGUCCUUGUCCUUUACAAGAGACGCCGCAGAGCCCGUCCACAGAGGCUGAAUCCCCUGUUGUGUCUAAUGGUUCUGAGACCCAGAAGAUGCAAUCUGACGCUGACACUGAUGUUGAUACAGACUCGUCGAGUUCUGAGGGUUCUGUUGACAAAAGCAUUCAGGCCAAGGGUAUACGCGCUUCUCGCGAAUUAAGGUCAUGCAAAAGUAUUACAGAGAAGGUGACUGCCUUGGCCCCACCAGAAGCAGCCAGCCCAACUGUUAGCGGUUCCAGCAUUCCGACUGGUGUUGUGACAAGUAAGAGACGUAGUCUUGUUAAGCCUGUUAGCCCACCGAAGAUCAAACGAAGAAAGAGCCGCUGCCCACUGCAGGUUUCUGACGGGAAUCGACAAGUGGGUCGCCUGGACUUGGACGUGGACUCGAAUGAGAAGAGCGGUGGCGUACAAUGGAGACGUGAGGGUGGAAGAACAGAAUAG